UAUAAAAAGUGGUUUCGUGCCCACUGUAAAGGCUGGAGUCGAUAUGCGCGCAGACAGGCGGAGGUAGGCAGAGCAGAUAGAGGCUGGGACGCGCACACUCUUCAAGGGUUUAUUCUCAGAUGUCGGCGCUCCGUCACAGGUAGACGCAAACGAGACGCGGGGGUUUAUGGGGCGGCCUUUUUUUUUUUUUUAGUUCACUUGGGAUUUCAAAGACAGGCUCUUUUACAAAAAAAUAAGGGACAGAAGUGCAUGUUUGCUACUUUAGUGAAUAGGAUGCGUGUCUUCUCCAGCCGACCCGGUGCUGUUUGACACUUUCGCUCCCCCACUCCUCCUCCUCCUCCUUCCCCGAGCUGGAUUCACUAACCGGUCUGUUUUCUAACCGGGGGGAAGUUGGGCUCAUUUGAACUUUUUUUUUCUGGCUGUACUUUUGAUGCCACGGAAAUGGGACCGCGCCAACGGGAGAGCGUGUCCGCGCUUAGCAGAAAAAGUUUGCUUUGGACUGGGCUGAUACUCUGGCUGACCACGUCUGUUGACGGGACCUGGAAGACGGGACUUUACAAAACCUACUCAGCCGGGACGCAGCUGAGCCGAGACCAGACAGCAGCUUCUCACACCUCAGUCUACCAGAAAAGGAACUGGUGUCCUCAUACGGUCACUAAGACAGUGACAUGCCAGGUGCAGAAUGGGACAAUCCUCCAGCGGGUCUACCAGACAUGCCGCUGGCCACAGGGAUGUACGGGAGGCAGCUAUAGGACCGUGGUCAGACCUUCCUAUAAAGUGGUGUACCGCACUGUGACCUCUCUGGAGUGGAAAUGCUGUCCAGGAUUCAGCGGCGCUGCCUGUGAAGAAGAGGCAGGAAGCCAGUUUGCAGCUCAAGAGGCACUCAGGAAACCAUCCACGCUACGACGCCCGCCUGCACGCACAGGAGAGCCAAUCUCCAAUUGUCUCAAUUGUAGUCGAAUCACGUCUUUGAGUGACAGGCUGAGCUCACUGGAGGCGAAGGUCCAAUUACUCAAUGCCCCGGCCUCCGUAUCACAUCGCCACCUUCAGGGUAAAGGAGGAACUGCACCGGAGGCCUCAUUACUGAUGGGGGCUGUGCCCGCUCAGGGAGCUCCUGGUGAGCAGGGACCCGCAGGUCCUCAGGGUGAAAAGGGGAGAGAUGGGCUUCCUGGCAGAGACGGGAAGCCAGGUUCUCGAGGGCUGCCAGGUCCCACUGGGCCUCGGGGGGAUAUCGGUACAAGGGGCCCAUCUGGAUCCCCUGGAUCGAAGGGAUCCCAGGGACCUGCAGGCCCCCGUGGUCCACCAGGACUCCCAGGAGAGAGGGGCCUACCAGGCCCGCCUGGCCCACCAGGGCCUCCAGCGCCGGCCAGUGCCCACAUCCCAGAGCCAGACCACAAUCGUAGAAAAGACCCCUUCUUCACCAACACUUUCCAUGAUUCAAGAGGGCUGCCUGUACCAGGACCUGAGGGUCCCCCUGGGCCUAUCGGUCCCCCAGGUCCCAAAGGCCCAGUAGGACCUCCUGGCCCAUCAGGACAGAAUGGGAAACCUGGAGUCCCUGGAACGCAGGGGCCUGUUGGGCCGAAAGGAGAACGUGGGGAGAGAGGUCCUUUAGGUUACCCAGGAGAGAGGGGCUUCAGAGGCGAGCCGGGAACACCAGGUUCAAAGGGAGAGCCAGGAGAGAAGGGCUUGCCGGACAUUAGCUUGCAGAUGUUCCACGAAUUGCAGGCAGACCUUGAGCUUCUGGCUCGCAGGGUGACGCUGCUGGAGGCUAUCAUCUGGCCAGAGCCUGAUCUAGGGUCUGGGGAUGAACCGUUUGGCACAGCCUCCCCUAGUUUCUACAGAGAUAAGCGAGCAGGUGCGCUUCCAUAUCGACUUGCUUCUCCUCAGUCCUCCAACACCAAGGUUCGAGGGAAGUAGCCCCCCCACCCCCCUCCGCUCACCCUGAGGAUCACAGGCUGGGUUGACUCCCCCUCCUAUAGGUCUCAUCGGCAACAGAUUUAGACCAUAUCUGAUACCCUCUUUGGGCUUUAAAUCAGAUUUAGGAUGGGGGACACCUCAGGGAAACUCCACUGAUACUCCACAAUGUCCUCCUCCAUCUGGACCUGAGAACUAGUUUGACCCCCCCCCCUCCCCCUCAACCAUCAUCAUAACCAAACACUUAACAUAACACACCCAGCAGCUCCUUCUGUGUCUCAUUUCUUUGGCUACAGAAGAACUAAAGCCUCAGAAUAAGAUGUUCAUGUUUGAAAAAAAAGGAAAAUCUGAACCUUCUGUGGUGCUCGUCGAGCUACAAACAGUUCUGGACAAUAAGGGUCAUUUAGAGUAAUCAAUUGAAGGAGGAAAUCAGAUGUGAGGAACUAGACUGGAUUUGAGUUUGUAUUGCUUUCAUAAUGUAACUGCAAUCUGAAGAGAUUCCACUAUUUAAGUAUAUUGCGCAUGUACAGUUUGCAGGACACAAGUACACAAACCAACCUCUUGUUCUAGUAUUAAUUUUGUUAUACUUCUAUCAUAUUGUUUAACUCAGUGUUAUAUAGUGCACUAAAAAGAUGAAGUCAUCUCCACUCUAACUGAGAUAUGUGUUGCUAACAGUGAUUUGUAGUUUUCUGGUGUGAGUGUUUUUUCCCCUAUAAAGCGCAGGCUGAUAAAUAAUAGUAUAUUAACAUUUAAUCUGUGCAAAAAAGCACAAAUAAUUGUAUUUGGGUUUGUUUGCAUAUCAUUGAAAACUGUCAUAAAUGAUUUUAAAAAAAACAUACGAAAUAAUUACAAAACAAAUGUUGAAAUGAAAACUGCAGACUGUCUAUUUCUAGAUCUUUAACACACACAAAGGAAACAGCAAAACUGUUAAUGGAACUUGAACAUAUUUUUACCACUGUUGUGUUGGUAAACUGCUUAAACUGUCUGAUGAAAAGACUAGAUAAUUGUUUUUUCAUCUUAUAUCAAACUUAUUGUGAAACUAUUUAAAUUGAUCAACUGUAGUUUAUUUUGUAUGCUGUUGUGUAACCAUUUCAUAUUUCAAACCUUUUUUUUUUCUUGCAAAUGUGUCAUUGUGUUAAGAUAAUCCUGUCUAGAUGAUCGAUGUAAUAAAAUGAUGUUCAUUGUUUUUU